CUUGAAUCAUCACCAAAAUGACACGACUUCGAUACCAACAAUUCCGAAAUGGCAACAUCAUUGAAAAAGUUAGUGUCACAACUGUUUCCACAAGUAAUGGGAAAUCGUCAUGCUAUGUAGGUUUGCAAGACAUUCAAGACGUGUUUCCAGAUGCAUUGCGAUUCAAUCUGGAUGGAUGUCCUAUUCCAUUUCUUGUAGACUCUAAUCACAACAGAAUCGAACCUUUGCGCAUUGCAUUCUACCUUGGCAAGACCUUGGACGUCGUUACAGAGGUACCACAGCCCAGCAGUAGUUGCAGCAGCAGCGACAGUGAUGUCAUCGCCCAUUUACUGGCAUCGACAGAGUCGGAAAACCUGGCCCUUCAGGACCCUCUUUUGCCAUUAUCAAGUGUUGUUCGACCUUUCAACUCAGCUCUUACUGCAGGUAAUAACAUACAGACUGCGGAUGAUGUCAACUCUAACCUGAAAGAGAUGAAGUCCCAAGCAACCAAAGAAAAGGACGAAAAGUUGAUUGAGUCGCAAUUGGAAGCUACAGAGGAAGAUGAAAUGAUCAGUAGCUCGCAACAUCAAGCCCUCGACAAACUUGCCAUCCUCCAAAAGCAUGCUCAAGCUAUCCUCAUACAUAACCUUGAACUGCAUGAGUACUCCACUCCUCGCUUAUUCUUAGUUUUGCCUGUCAACAGCGCCAAGUGGGACCCAACGAAUGUCUUGAAGAACGAGCUCCGCCUUUAUUUUCCAUGUGAAUGUGAGGACCACUCCGUAGAGGCAAGCAAGUGCAGUCAGAACGGAAUCCAUACAACUGAACACGGUGGAUAUGAGAUCCGAAACAUUACAGAGUUCUUUAAGAAGUAUGGGAAAUACAUGGCCAUCCUCUUACGGUGGUUCAAGUUGGGGAUGGGAACGUCCUUAUCUGCUUCUAUGGCACCAGUCUUAAAUCUACUGGAUGCUGGUAUCGAUUAUUCGCUCGCCUAUAUGAAAGCACUCUCUGCCGAGUAUCCGGCCUUGAACAACUUCAACGCAAUCGAUGACAAUGAGGCACUUGUAGAGGCCGAUCCCCAACAGCUGGGCACAUUCCUUCAAAUUAGCGUUGGAGACAGGCAACUUGGUGACCUGUACAGAACCACAACUGAAAGAGGUCAUGUCAAGUGGGUUUGCGGCAAGCACUAUCGUUCAACAUACACAGAGGAGGAACAGAAAGCGUUUGAAGAUAUUGUGGUGAUAAAUGGUGGCAAAUAUGAUUCACAGCUUGGUAAAGUGGUCAUUAAGUUGGGAUCCAGAGUCGGAGCUAAAGAAUUCUUCGAUGCCUUGGCCAAAGCAAAGCAUGUUUACGAGGUGAAUAUCACAUAUGACUCUGAGUUGAGUAAUAAUUUCCUCCGAGAAUUAGAGGGGGCUCUAAGAGUAUCGAAUGUAUCGGCUCUUCAACUUGAUCUUGGACUAUCUCAAGAAAGCAACAAGGGCAAACCUCUUUCAACAUCCACGCGAUAUGAAGUACUUGCACGCAUCAUAAGACUUGGUAGUAUGAAAACGAUUCACAUUGUACUCCCUCGAUAUCUCAUACAGCUUUCCGAUUUGCCGACCAGGAGACCAUCACAUCUUCAUAAGCUAUCCUUUGAGAUAACCCCUAUAAAGAUUUAUCCCAAUGAUUUUCAAAUAUUUGUGAAAUCACUCAAGAACAACACGACUUUGACAUAUCUAGACCUAAGGUCCAAUGCAGUUAAGGAGAUAGGAGCCUUAGCGCUGUCAGAGGCGCUCAAAAGCGAAACGACAUUGAAACAUUUAACCUUGAGUGGCAACCAAAUUGGCAACGAAGGAGCCCUUGCGCUCUCAGAGGCACUCAAGAGCAAUACAUCUUUAACCACUUUAAAUUUGGAGCACAACAGAAUUGGGGAAGAAGGAGCACUAGCGCUGUCUAUAAUGCUCAAGGUUAACAUGACUUUGACCGCUUUACGACUGAGGAACAACUCAAUUUGGGACAUAGGGGCUCGUGACCUAUCGGAUGCGCUUAAAGCUAACACAGCUUUGACCACAUUGGACUUGAAUCAGUGCUAUAUUGGGGAUGAAGGAGCUUUGGCGCUCUCAGAGGCACUCAAGGUCAACACGACUUUGACCACCUUAGACCUGGAAUGCAACUUAAUUGGAGAGGAAGGAACGCUGGCGCUGUCAGAGGUACGCAGAGCUAACAGGACUUUGGCUGCUUUACGCCCGGGAAGCGGCUCAAUUGAGGAUAUUGGGGCUCUUAGGAUCUCAAAGACGCUUCCAGAAGCGCUCAAGUCUAGUACGGCUUUGACUACCUUGCGUUUGAAAGGCCAUACAAUUUUAAAUGAAGAGGCCCUUGUACUGUCAAAAGCGCUCAAGGCCAACACGAAUAUAACCAUCUUGAAUUUGAGCUACAACACAUUUAGUAGCGGAGGACUCUUUGUGCUAUCAGAGGCACUCAAGACCAACACAAAUUUAACCACUUUGAAUUUAACAAACAGCUCAAUUGGAGAAGGAGAAGUGUUAAUACUUUCACAAGUACUCAAGACUAACGUGACUCUGGCCAAUCUGGACUUGAGUUACAACAAGAUUAUGAGCCGAGGGGUUCUUACGCUAUCGAAAGCGCUCAAGGUUAACACAGCUCUGACCACUUUGAGCUUGAGAUGCAACUCUAUCUGGAAGGAAGGAGCUAUGGCGCUCUCGGAGGCGCUCAAAACUAACACGAGUUUAACCAACCUGGACUUACAGGGCAAUUUAAUUCGGGGGGAAGGAGCUCUUGCAUUAUCAGAGGCACUCAAGACCAACACGACCUUGACCGCCCUGCGCUUAGGGCACAACGCAAUUGGGGCUAGAGGAGCUCUGAAGCUUUCAGAGAUGUUAAGGAUUAAUACGACUUUGACCGUUUUGGACUUGAAAGGCAAUGCGAUUAGGGAGGAUGGGGCUCGGGCACUGUCAGAAGCACUCAAGGCCAACAAGGCAUUGACCACUUUGACCUUAAUUGGCACCUCGAUUGGGGAGGAAGCAGUCAUUGCAUCACCAGAAACACUCAAGACGAAUACAUCUUUGACUGCUUUGAAUUUGACUUACAAUUAUAUUGGGGACGGAGGGGCUCUUGCACUCUCAGAGAUGCUCAAGGCUAACACCACUCUGGCCAACCUAAACUUAAUGUCCAACUUAAUUAAAGAGGAAGGAAUCCUGGUGCUAUUAGAGGCACUCAAGGCUAACACGACUUUGACUGCUUUGACCCUGGGGGGUAAUCUAAUUGGGAUUAAAGGGGGCCUUGCAUUAGCAGAAAUGCUCAAAACGAACUCCGCUUUGACCACUUUGAACUUGUGGCGCACCUCAUUUGGGGAUGGAGAGGCUCUUGCCGUCUCAGAGGCACUCAAGACUAACAUGACAUUGGCCACUUUGGAUUUGGGGAACAACUCAAUCGGGAAGGAAGGAGCCCUUGCACUGGCGGAGGCACUCAAGGUUAACACGGCUCUGACCACCUUGAACCUGAGUGGCGGCUCAAUGGGGGUUUACAAUGUAAUUGGGGAAGAAGGCUCCCUAGCACUGUCAGAGGCCCUUAUGGCAAACACAGCUUUGACCCUUCGUUUGGAGUGACAUUUCAAUCGGCAGUAAAGGACCCCUGGCACUGUUAGGUGUUAAGGCCGCUCAAUAUCAUCUGUUCGAUUUUGAUUUAUUGUCUAAUCCUCUUGGCUGGUUCAGCCAUUGAAAUGGUGUUG